AUGAAACAGGUCAUCCAAGAAGGCUUCCAGAAUCAAGCAGAAGAGAUAGUGCUCACUGCCUAUCUGGACUACAUGGAGGAGCUGGGGAUGCUGCUGGGUGGGCGGCCCACCUCCACGAGGGAGCAGAUGCAGCAGGUUCUGGAGUUGGAGAUACAACUGGCCAACAUCACAGUGCCCCAGGACCAGCGGCGCGACGAGGAGAAAAUCUAUCACAAGAUGAGCAUUUCGGAGCUGCAGGCUCUGGCGCCCUCCAUGGACUGGCUUGAGUUCCUGUCUUUCUUGCUGUCACCAUUGGAGUUAAGUGACUCUGAGCCUGUGGUGGUGUAUGGGAUGGAUUAUUUGCAGCAGGUGUCAGAGCUCAUCAACCGCACAGAACCAAGCAUCCUGAACAAUUACCUGAUCUGGAACCUAGUGCAAAAGACAACCUCAAGCCUGGACCGACGCUUUGAGUCUGCACAAGAGAAGCUGCUGGAGACCCUCUAUGGCACUAAGAAG